AUGAGAGGAGGGAGACGAAGGGGAUGGAACAACAAUGGGUGGAAAGGAUCGUGUCAGUUGAGAGGUGGUACGGCGAAGUCAUCGAUCGAUCUUGUUUUGGGAAUAGGUACGGCGAAGAUGGGCAAACGAGUGGGUGUGUUUGUGACGAAGCAGAGAUUCGUUGCGAGAAAGAUCGAGGGGGAUGGGUGGAGUAGAAGAUGUGCGACGAAAGGGGUGAAGGGGGCCAGUAUUUUCAAUGUCUGA